ACUCUGUUCCUAUCGCGAUCAAAACAUUUAUGUGCGAAUAGGAGUUGAGAGUAGGUGCAGUUUUCGUAGGAGAGAUCGAAAGAUCAGAUGUUAUGGAAUCAUCUUUGACUGCUUUGUCCACCAGGACUAGGUUAACGACUCCCUGAGGUUUUAAUUGAACUCGUCUCUCUCUCAAAUGGAAAACUUGAAAUUUAUUCUUGACUGGACUUGGAAAGACUGAAUUUGGAAUUGUCAACUUCGGCUUCGCGAUUUAUUCUAAAAGGAAUGGCGAGUGCGAAAGUUUCCAAAGCGCGUCUCAGAUCUUCUGUUAAGAAGGAUGUGACGGAAGCAGACGGAAAACCUUCCCCUAAUAUUAAUAAUUACGACCUUCUGAGUACCGUGGGUACCGGUACAUUUGGUCGUGUAGUUCUAUGUCGAAAUAAAGAAUCUAAAGAGUAUUCCGCACUGAAGGUCCUACAGAUUUCCUUGGUGAUUCGACUAAAGCAAAUAGAACAUGUCAAGAACGAGAAAGAAAUCCUGGCAGCAGUACUUUGUCCUUUCAUUGUUAAUAUGCAGUGGGCGUAUCACGAUGACAGAUUCCUGUACAUGUUACUAGAAUAUGUACCUGGAGGAGAACUUUUCUCAUAUUUAAGAAACUCUGGCAGGUUCACAAACAGUAUGGCAAACUUUUAUUCAUGUGAAAUUGUGUCAGCUUUAGACUACCUCCAUGGUAAACAUAUAGUGUAUAGGGACUUAAAACCAGAAAACAUCCUCCUGGAUCGCACUGGACAUAUCAAAAUUACAGACUUUGGAUUUGCUAAGAAGCUUGAGGACAGGACUUGGACCCUGUGUGGUACCCCAGAGUAUUUGGCCCCAGAAAUUAUCCAGAGUAAAGGUCACAACAAGGCUGUGGAUUGGUGGUCUCUAGGCAUCCUCAUCUAUGAAAUGCUAGUGGGUUACCCACCAUGGUUUGAUGACAAUGCCUUUAGAAUUUAUGAAAAAAUCAUUGAGGGGCGUUUAGAGUGGCCCAAGCAUUUGGAUCCUGUCGCAAAGGAUCUGAUAAAGAAGUUACUGGUACAGGACAGGACGAGGAGGCUGGGAAAUAUGAAGAAUGGUGCAGAAGAUGUGAAGAAGCACAAGUGGUUUAAAAGUAUCAACUGGGAUGAUGUCUACUUACUGAAACUAAAUCCACCCAUUGUUCCCAAAGUCAACCAUGCGGGAGACACUCAUAAUUUCGAGGAAUACCCAGAGGACGGAUGGAAAGACGCAGCUCCUGUUUCAUCAACAGAUCUCGAAAAUUUUGCCGAUUUUUAAUUCUGUGGGAUUCCUUUCAAAAUUCCGAUACUAGGGAUUAAAAAUCAUCAAGAUUAUUUGAACUCCCUCAUCAGCUGCAAGUCAUGUUGAGUUUAGCCCAUUAGAGAUUGGUUACAAUAAAGCAGUGAACAGCUGAAGACGAGUUAGAAAGUGAAUGGUAAAGGGUAUUCCCAGCUAAUGUAGCAAGAGCGUGAUUAUUUUAGAUUGGGUGUGUUUGGUGAAAAUUAGCAAUGGAAUUUAUUUUGAAAUAGCUUAGAUAUAUUUAGACUUUUAGUAUGUUCCAACUUUUUUUGAAGUUUUGUUGUUCUGCAGUCAAUAAAAUUCAAUAAAAGUCAGAGAAUUCUAGAUCAUACUGAUAAAGCUCGUAUAUCAUAUAACACACACCAAGAUUGUGUAACUUGACAGGGUUUUAGUGUUAUUUAGGAGUCCCAGUAAAUAGAGAAGUAAGCUUUGUAUUUAUUUUGUUUGAAUGUGCCAAAGAAAAAAGUAUGAUCAGUGAAAAUCCAAUGAAAUACAGCUUAUCUCACAACAUGUGUAUUACCCCUAUUUAUUGCUGUUCAUAAUUUUUUGACAGUGUAAGGAGGACAAAUUUUAACCUUGUAUUGUGACUUUACACAUAGUUAUACAUAAGCUACUUUUAUUAUGUAUGUCUGAAGCUGUUACUUUUAAAACACCAACUACAUUUGUUAUUGAAAGAGGAAAUACGUGUAUAAAAAUUCUGACUUGGGAUAUACAUUUCAUACUUUCAAACUACGUACACGUUAAUCAUCCUUGUAAUCAAGUCAGCUGUUUACUGAACUAGUGUUAUGAAUAUUGAAAAAAAACCCACGUGAAGUGCAAAUAAAAUUUUCUCGAAUAUGAUUGCCUGUAUGUUAUUAUUAUUUUUAGAACUACUCUGUAAUUAUUUUUUUUAGAACUACUCUGUAAGCAUAAUUUUUAUAACCACCGUCUUUUUUUCUGAUUAUUUUCAUUUUGGAUUUUGAUUAUCUUAUUUUGAUUCAUGUAUCAAUCAAAUAUUGUUAUCUUUUUUUUUAUUUUUAUGAAGUGUGACUCGCAGGUUUUUGAAAUUGUUAUGUGUGUAUGUAAUGUAAAAGUUUGCUUCAUUUUUAUUAACCAUUGAAGUCACUCUUAUACUUGAAUGUCCAUACAUCUGAAAACGUGUAUGUUGGUAUCAAUACUACAACUUUUAAUUUAAUGUAAUUACUUUUCUCAACAGGCUACAGAUAUUCACAAUACAUAUCCCUACAUUGUUUUUGUAAAACUGUAUAUAUAUGUAUAUAAAUUUACAAACUCAAAUGUAAAUUCUUGUUUACCUGACUAGAAUAUAUAUGAUUUUUUAAAUCUAUUGUUGUCUAUCUUAGAUUUUAUUUUAGAGAUUUUAUAUGUAUGUAUGUAUGUAUGUGUGUGUGUGUGUAAUAUGUGUGAAGUAUAGAAAUUUAUGAAGUUAUUUAAGGAAUUAUGGAUUUUAAUGACAAUGCUCUAUUCUGUCAGAAAUUGACAACCAACAUUUUUGCAUUAGUGAGCAGAUGUGCUAUAGUUUUACCUAUUUUUAUUUACUCAAAUUGAAAUCCAUGACCUUCAAUCUCUCUAAGCUUUACCUCGAGAAAUUGGUAUGAAAAGAGAGAAAUUGAAAAUGUAUACAUACCUGUACAUUAUUUGUUAGUGUGUCUAUAUUUUUUACAUAUUCAUGAGAACUGGUGGUGUAACAGUUUUGCUAUUAAAGAGAUUAUUGUUAAGAAAUCCAACUGGUACAUGUGUCAGAUUUGAUUAGCGUAAGGGAAGUAACUCCACAAUCUUUCUUGACAUCCCUCCCUCGCUUUUUCUUGAUGAAUCUUGCUCAUUAUGGUUACAUAUGCAAGAUUAUAUGUAUAUUGACAUUCCCAUGUGAAUAGAAAUUUAAUAUUCAAUGUACAUGUGUAUGUCAAUAUUUGUCAUUUAUUGAAACCUUUACUUACUUGCACAUUUGUGUAAAUACUCUUUUUUUUGAUGAUAAAUGUUGAUAUCAGUGAAGUAUAUUUUUUUACAACAUUAUUUUACAUGAUUAUGCAAUUGUUGCAAUAAGAACAGCAAUAUCAUUGGAAUUAUUUCAUAAUUCAAGAUGCAAAAAAAACAAAAAAAAUACUGAUCAGGCAUAAUACAAUUUUGCACUAUUUUUAUACCAUUUUUCCAUGGUGAGCGAGAACUGUAUAGUUAUUUGUAUAUAUCUAUUAGUAUUUGUUAUGGUGCCUUUCAUCAUUUUAAACAAAGAUGUUCAAUGGUAUUUCUUUACUAGAAGGGGAUUGUUACUGAAUGUAGUUCUCAAAGAUUUAGGAUAUUAAUUUUUGCACUUUCCAGAUCUAGUGUCAUGCAUUGAAGAUUGUUUAUUUUUUGUCAUGUUUUGAAUUUAUUUGGCAAUUUCCAUGUUGCAAAAAUUCAAAAUAUCAACAAAAUUGACGUCUUUGCUGAUCCAAGUCUCUACGCAGUUUUAUACGUCCUCAGCUAUUUAAAAGGCACUGUGUAUCUCCAACAAACACGAAUUACUGAAUUUGUAUGAUAUAUGUACAACAUCACAUGUUAUGUUGUGACUGACAAGAGCAGUGAAAGCUACAUCUGAAUACGGACAUGAAUUUUGUUCAAACAUUAUCCUGUGAUUUGGGCUGGGUUGUUCGGUACCAAUGGAAUACAUGAGUACACCAUGUUUUAUAUCUAGAAAUACUCAGCUUUAGAUACACAUACAUAGACAUACAAGUUUCUGAAGAAGUCUGCCCUCUCCAUUAUUUCCCCUGCCUUUAACAUCUCUCUUUGGAUGAUUCAUGUAAUGAACAUGAGAUUAAGUAAGGAAGACAAAAGAUUAUCUCUGGUGAUUGGAUGUUUGUUUCAUUUGAAUGAAGAGAAUUACAAUAUUUGUAUUUAUUGACGGAUGUGUUUUAGUUAUUUCGUGUGACUUUUUGGAUUUUAUUUCGUCUAUUGUAGACGGAAUGGACACCGUUAGGUUGACAAUCAUUUCAUUUAAUGUACUCAUUGUUGGUGUUGUGAUUUUUUUAUGACAUAAUUUAUUUCAUUUUCAUAUGACUGAAGGAAAUUUAAUGAAUAAAUAUUCUUUAAAAGAGGAGAAGGAA